AUGAAUUUGUUUGAUCAGGCACAUGUGUACUAUGAAACUUUAAACGAUUGUGCAGCCUUUCUUGCUAACUAUGACAGGAAAGUAGAUGCCAACGUCACAUUCAAGGGGAUUUCAUAUUUCCUUCCUGCUUGGUCUGUGAGCAUUCUUGCAGACUGCAAAAAUGUUGUUUUCAACACAGCAAAGAUAGAUGAUUCAUUCUCCUUCACUUGGAACUUCAGACUAAGAAUAGCAAGUGAAGUAGCAGGAGCAUUGGCAUAUUUACACUCGGCAGCCGCAAUUCCCAUCUGUCAUAGAGACAUCAAGUCUAACAAUAUACUUUUGGAUGGGAAGCACAUAGCCAAAGUGUCAGAUUUUGGAACUUCAAGGUCCAUUGAAGCUGAUAAAACUCAUACAACUACACUUGUUAGAGCUGCUUUACACUGGAUUCGAGAGACAAUUAGGCCUAUUUUUACCUCUGUUCUUCUAAUUUUUCGUUACUUGUCAGGGGAUAAAUGUAAACCAAGUGAUAUGAGUGAUGAAAAAUGGGCUAAUAUGCACAGGAAAGCUGUUGGGAUUAAUAAACCAGGCAACUACAUUGAAUUUGAAUCUGGAUGA